UCAUAAUAUGCGAACAUGCAUCCAUGUUAUUAAAAUGCCCACUUAAUACAUCGAUUAAGAUUAAUAAUGCUUUUUUUGGUCGUAGAAAUAAUAAUAAUAAUUGUCCAGUUCUUUAUCCUGAAAACAGUUACAACUGUAAUAAAGACGUCACUUUAUUGGUUCAAAAUUUAUGUGACAAAAGAAAUAGUUGCAUUAUUGUAUCAAGUAUUGGAAUAUUUGGUGAUCCUUGUUAUGGCAUUGGUAAAUACGCUGAAGUUGAAUGGACUUGUUAUGAAAAUGAUAAUCAUAUUAAUAGCAGCAUUUAUGGACUUGUUGAGAGAAAUAAUAUAAACUUAUCAAUCGAAUUGAGUGGAAAUGGUUACAACGUUUCACUGGAAUAUUUCUUUCCACCAUUCAUUACCCUUGCUUCAGAACAUAUUCCAUAUAGAUUUAUAAAAACAAAUUCUAAUCCAAGUAAAUAUACUUUUUCAGGAUAUUUUGAAAACAAAACUACAAUCAAUAUUACAUUAAACUUAAAGAAUAGAAGAUGUCUAGAGAGUUUUCCAAUAGAAAUUCCAAUAAUGUUAAGUUAUCAAAAUAAUAUGAACACGUUGAAAGUUACAACAAUGGCGUACAUCGAUAAUUUAUCUUGCUUUGAUUUGGUUUCACCAAAAGUAUUUAGAGACAAAAAUGCUUUAAAAGAAUAUUAUGGGCGUGGAAUUCUUGUUACAGCUGGUAAAACAUAUUUGUACAUAUGUAUGAACCAACAUGUUGGAAGUUUGCAAACUGCGUGCUAUUAUUCAAAUAAUACUGGUGAUUUUAUGGCUGGUUUGGAUAUUCGUGUUGGAUGCGUUUUAGGGCAUCAUUUAGUAACUAAUGAACUAUAUGCAAUUCAUCGAAAUCAAAAAUUGUAUCUAUAUUUUGAUUUGGUUUACAAAAAGUGGCUUGCUCUUACCAAUCAACAAUUUCAGAAAUUAUCCAUCAGUCUUGAUAAAAAUAUGAUGGUAAAUUUAGAAGGAAAUCAAGAUCAAAUUUAUGUAUUUGGAAGAAAUGAGUGGAUGGUGAAGCGAAAUCACAAGGACGACUUUGGCCCAUCAAAGCUCUCAAGAAACGCAGAAGGAUUGUUUUAUCGCAACAGUUCAUCAAGCUUGUGGACGUUACGAGUCAAAUGGAAUAAAUAAACUUAUAUUAUUUUUGUCGAUAGCAACAAAUACUUAUACAACUAAAUGAUAUUAGUAAUAUAAGAUUGUAUUCUUUUAUGUAUUGACAUUUUUUUUACAUAAGUGUACAAGUUAUUGUAUUUGGGUAUAAGAGCAACAAGGAUACAAUUACAUGUUUAUUGC